AUGCGCUUCGCCGCGGAGCUCGUGGCGCACGCCGCGCAGCGCAUGAACCCGCUCGGCGAGCGCGAGAUCAGCCUGCGCGGCUACAAGAUCGCCGCCAUCGAGAACACGGGCACGCUCAAGGACGGGUACGACUGCGUCGACCUGAGCGACAACGAGAUCAAGACGCUCGGCAACUUCGCGCCGAGCCCGCGGCUCGGCACGCUCUUCCUGAACAACAACCGCGUGUCGCGCGUCGACGGCGAUUUGGGAGCGCAAUUGCCGAAUUUGCACACGCUCAUGCUCACGCGGAACGCCAUCGAGGACCUCGAGGGCCUGGGCGCGCUGGCGUCCUGCACGAAGCUGUCCCUCCUCAGCUGCGCGGAGAACCCGGUGACGCGCUGCGCGCACUACCGGAGCUACCUCGUGGCGAAGAUCCCGACGUUGAAGGUCCUCGACUUCAAGAAGGUCAAGCCCCAGGAGCGCGUGGACGCGAAGAAGCUCUUCCCCGAGGGCCAGCCGCCGACGGUCGACCUCCGGGCCAUGGCGCCCAAGCCGCCGCCCCGCGUCCCCGGCGGCGCGCCGCCGCCGCCGCCGGGCCGGCCCGCUGGGCUAGGCAACCUCACGGACGACCAGAAGGCCGCGAUCCGCGCGGCCGUCGCGGCGGCGUCGACGCCCGAGGAGGUCGACGAGCUCGAGCGCCAGCUCCGCGCGGGCAUCAUCCCGGGC